AUGCUUCUCCCCGGAUUUUCCGGCUCACAACCAAAUACCUGCAAUCCAUGCUUCACACUUCCAAGAGAGGCUGAAACACAUGUUUCAAGGGCUGCAAAGAGUGCUGCAGCAUCCCUUAGGACAGAGCACCUAGCUCAGCCAGCAAUUAAGAAGUAUCCUGUAAGCUAUGAAAACAGAUGUCUGGACGCACCAAUUCGACAAGUGAACCCAGCUGCCCUGCAAGCAGUGGCAAGUCCAAGGAUAGUAGAGCUUGCUAAGGCUAAAGCUCCCUCUGCUCAAUGCUCCCCUGACCGUUCCCCUAUGUGGCCUGUGUCAGCGGCAGCAAAACAUGCAGUGGCUACACCUAGACUUGAGGAACUUUGUCAGCCUCCCAAAAGGGCUCCAACCUACUUUGUCCAAUUUAACCCAGAUGCCUUUACUGUGAAGGAGUCUGCUAAGAAGGCGUUCUGUUCAGAGAGACUCAAGGAAUUAGCACAACCAAUUAAGCGCUGAUUACUCCAUCCUAGCACCUAAUUUUCAGUAAAUUAGGAGAACCAUG